CUCGCCUCUCCUUAUUAAAGCAGCAGCUCCCCCGGUCGAGGCGAGCAGUCCGCAGCCGCCGCACCCCCCCCCCCCCCCGCCAUCGGCCCACGCCGAGCCGGUCGCCGAGGGACGCCAAGGUGCUGCUCGCCUGCUCAACACCAACCAAGCCAUGGUGGAAUCCAAUGGCCUGCGGGGCGCCGCGCCUGCCGCCGCGGGGGUUUUCAGGGUGGCGGGGCUGUUCGUGAGGCUGGGCACCAGCACCACCAAGAGAGCCGAGGCGGCGAGCAGUGCCGUGGACGCCGACUCGGUGUGGAGUCCGACCUCCCCGCUGGACUUCAGGGGCCUCAGGUCCAGCCCGCCCAGGGUCGGCCUCGGCCUCGUCGACGCGCUCACCGCCGACGGGGGCUGCUCCGUGCAGCUGGGGUGCAGGAGCUCGUUCCUCGACUCCAUCAGGCCAUUCCUCGAGCUGGCGCUGCCCAAGGCGGUGUGCGGGAGCAAAGCUGCCUCGUCGGCCGGCGCCGCCACCACGCUGGAUGAGGCGAACGACUACGCGGACUCCGAGGAGUACACUUGCGUCAUCUCGCGCGGGCCCAACCCGCGCACGACGCACAUCCUCGCCGGCGAGACGCUGGAGGUGCGCGGCACCGGCAAGGGCGAAGCAGGCGGUGGUGGUUGCAGGAAGGCGAUUUUCAGCAUCGAGCCUCUGAGCGACCAGCAGCUGUCGACGUCAUUGCCGGCGGCGGCGCCGGUAAGUGCCGCGUCCGGCCGCUGCCGCUGCUGCAUGAAGAGGCUGCCGGAGGACAGGGACAUCUUCAUGUACCUGGGCAAGGCAUUCUGCAGCAACGAGUGCAGGAAAGGCGACAUCGAGGAGGAGAUCGAGGUCGAGGAGGCGGAGGAGUUAAUGAUUCUGGACUCUGUUCUGAAUCUCUGAUUGAAGAUUUUGUUAAGCUGCCGAGGCAAAGUAGUAGUAUAAUUAUUGCCCGCAAGCUUUCUGCCAUCUCUUUUGCCUUUACUGCUAGGAUUAAUUAGUAAGAGGAAAGAAAAAAAAUAACAGAAAAAAAGGAGGGAAGGGAAAUGCCUCUCGUUCAUGUUUUUCUGAAAUGGAGAGGUUUAGGCUCGGCUUGGUUGUGCAAUGGCCGAGCCAAUUUUAACGAUUUUGUUGCGCUCCACAUUUUGGCCGCUGUCAAACUAUCUCUGCGCCAUGUAUUACCCCAUUUUUACAAGGCUAGUUCUGGUUCACGCCCUUUUUUAUA